CAAUAGAAAGUAAUAGUAUCUAAGGCGCGGUGACACACAACAGUGUAUUAAGUUUUGUUUACAUUUAUUAUUUAUAUGUUCUGAUAAGAUUUAAGUUUUUUAAAAGAGGUAGGCAUGUGGCUAAUAUUUGCUAUAUGUGCUGCAUUGCCACUGUUUAAUGCACAAAGACUAUAUCCAGAUUUGAAUAGCUAUAAUGAUAAUGAUUUCAAUGAGGUUUAUUAUGAGAAAUGUCCAGAAUAUUGGAUAAAAUACAGGCAGUCCUGUUACAAGUUCAUUAAGUCACCAUUAAAGCCUUACAAUGAAGCUAGAAGACUUUGCCAGACAUACAGCCCUGAGCAAGGAGGCUCUGAUCUAAUAUCUGUAAGCAAUUCUGAUGAGCAUGGGUUUAUUAUAAAUGAAUUGAACAGAAGGGAUCCACAACACAGAAAGUGGUAUAUUGGGGCAAACCAACAGAACCCUAAUUAUUGGAUUAAUCCAGAUGGAAGCCAAUUCGUUAAUAUGGAGAAUGCGUUUUUAAGAGAAUCUGAUCCUUACGGAAAGGACUAUUUGGCCUACAAUUUUUCGCAGGAAAUCGUGCAUUGGGGAUUCCAACCUGUUAGGGGUGAUGAAUAUUUGCUCUUUAUCUGUGAAGCACACAUUGAUAGCUUACGUAGACUUAUUAGUGAUGAUAGGACAUACACUUAUGGUAUAGAUAUUGUUGAUAUUGAAAAGAUACCUCAAGGACCUUACUUUAUUAAACAGCCUCAAGAUGUUACAUAUGAUAUGACCAAGUCUAAACUGUACAACGACGUUACCUUGACGUGUCUAGCAGGUGGAUAUCCAACACCUACCUAUGAAUGGUACAAGGAAGAAUUUGAAAGUGAUAGAUUGGUAGCUAGAAAAAUCGAUCCUCUGGUAGACGACAGAGUUACCAUUAGUGGUGGAAUGAUUAUUAUUAAUAGCCCAGAUCAAAGAAUAGAUAGAGCAACUUAUCACUGCAAAGCAUCCAACAAAUUUGGUACCAUUAUAUCCGAGAGCGUCAACUUAAACUUUGGAUUUAUAUCGGAAUUCGUAUUGAAAAGAUCUGCUGAGACUGGAAACCAAAAUUGGGGUAAAGUUGUAUUUUGCGAUCCGCCUCAUCACUUCCCAAGCGUCAAUUACUAUUGGUCAAGAGAAUAUUUUCCAAAUUUCGUUGAAGAGGAUAACAGAGUAUUUGUCUCCAAUGACGGUGCUCUAUAUUUCUCUGCAUUAGAAUCUAUUGACAGGGGUAAUUACAGCUGCAGCGUUCAAGCCGACUUCACGGAUACUGGCCGAAACGGUCCAUUCUUUCCACUCAGAGUGAACCCACAUUCAAAUUAUCAGCAAUUGAAAUUUCCAAAUAAUUUCCCUAAAGCUUUCCCGGAAGCUCCAAUAGCCGGUAAAGACGUUAGAUUAGAAUGCAUGGCUUUUGGAUAUCCCAUCCCCAGCUACAAUUGGACAAGAAAGAAUGGAAAUAUUCCUCGUAAUUCGUACUUUUCCAGUUAUAAUAGGGUCUUGGUUAUAAAAAAUGUUCGAGUAGAAGAUGAGGGUGAAUACACGUGCAGGGUUUACAACGAUCGCUCUUCUUUGGAGAACAGCGUUGUCAUCAAUAUACAAGCCGAACCUAACUUUACGAUUCCUCUUAUCGAUAAACAUGUUGAUAGCAAAGGUGAACUAGUUUGGACUUGCGAAGCUUUCGGAAUUCCCGAUGUCAACUACACUUGGUGGAAGAACGGAAGGCAAUUAGUUAUGGGUUAUUUGGAUAGUGAUGAUAGGAGGAGGAUUAAUAUUCAGGAUAACGUUUUGACUAUAACUGAUGUAGAUGACGAUAGGGAUCCGGGGAUGUACCAAUGCAGAGCAUCCAAUACUUUGAAAACGACCUAUUCUUCAGCACAACUUCGAGUUCUGGCAUUCAAACCAUCAUUUAAAAAGCAUCCUCUCGAAUCAGAAACAUACGCUGCUGAUAACGGAAACGUUACUAUAGUCUGUAAACCGGAAGCGGCACCGAAACCUAAGUUUAUCUGGAAGUUGAAUGGAAGAGUGAUUGGAAGUGGCGGACAUCGAAAGAUUUUGGAGAAUGGAAAUUUGGUUAUAGCACCUGUAUCCAGAAACGAUGAAGGAAUAUAUACGUGUUCUGCUAGUAAUCAACUUGGUGUGGACGAAUCACGAGGAAGAUUAAUCGUUUUGAGAGGCCCAAGGCUCAUGGAACAGUUGAGACCACGAGUUGUCAAAUCUGUUCAGCAAACUUUAUCAUUCCAUUGCCAAGCGGAAACGGAAGAAAUGCUUGAUAUUGCUUACAUUUGGACUCAUAACGGUAUUAGAAUACGCGACCUUGAUGUCAAGAAUUCUUAUAACAAAAUCCAAUUAGAUGGUGGAUCAUUGAGUAUUUCGAAUGCAACCUUUUCUGAUGCCGGUGAAUAUGAAUGUAUAGUGAAAUCAGCAGUUGGAAAAAUAUCUUCAAGAUCAAGCGUCAUUAUUGAAGGACCUCCAGGCCCACCUGGUGGAUUGCAAGUGAUAGAAAUACAAAAGACUUCUGCGAUUCUACAUUGGACGGAUGGAGCUUCUAAUGGUAGACCUAUCCUCAGUUACACAGUAUUUGGAAGGACCAACUGGAAUGACACCUGGAUGAACAUUACGCAAGGCUUGUUCGCUAAGCAAAUUGAUCGAUACACCGGAAGGAAAGAGGCUUUCUUGGAAAACGUUCUGAUACCGUGGGCAACAUACGAAUUCCGUGUCUCUGCUUGGAAUGAGUUGGGCAUGGGAGAGCCAUCUGUAGCAAGCCCUCGCCAUUCAACUCCACCAGAUCAUCCAAAGAUUCCGCCAAGAAACGUUGGAGGAGGUGGAGGUAAAAUUGGAGAUUUAACAAUCACAUGGUCUCCUUUGAAAUCUGAAGAACAAUACGGACCUGGUAUCUACUACAAAGUAUACUACAAACGCAGGGACUAUGAUACCAAAUUCCAUAGCGUUACACUAAAGGAAUAUGGAAACACGGGAAAAACCGUUAUACAUUUCCCGUCUAUAGAUUUCUAUUAUACACAGUACGUAGUAAAGGUACAAGCUUUGAAUGACAUUGGACCUGGGCCUAUUAGUAGCGAAGUAGUGAUUUACUCGGCUGAAGAUAUGCCACAGGUAGCACCGCAACUAGUGGUUGGUCUAUCAUACAAUUCAACAGCUCUGAAUGUAAGCUGGAAUCCGAUAGUGGAAACCAGAGAAAACGUGCGCGGAAAAUUAAUUGGUCACAGGAUUAAAUACUGGAGAAAAGAUAAUAAGGAAGAGGAUAGUGUGUAUUACCUAUCGAGAACAACGCGUCCUUGGGCUUUAAUCGUAGGCUUAAUACCUGACACUUACUACUACGUUAAAGUAAUGGCGUAUAAUGCGGCUGGUGAAGGUCCAGAAAGUGAACGGUACAUAGAGAGAACGUACAGAAAAGCACCUCAAAAGCCACCAUCAUCUGUUCACAUGUUCGGAGUGAAUCCGUCCACCAUCAGAGUCGUUUGGCGAUAUGUGCAACCGACCACCGAAGAGGAACCUCUACAAGGAUACAAGAUUCGCACAUGGGAAGUGGAUCAAGAUAUGAGCACAGCCAAUGACACAAUUGUACCCGUAGGAGAGAAACUGGAAGCCUACAUCAGGAAUCUAUCUCCUGGAAAAAUUUACAAAAUGAGAGUUCUGGCUUACUCUAAUGGUGGAGAUGGUAGGAUGAGCUCUCCAGCUCAUACUUUCCAGAUGGGUGAUCCCAAUUCGUACAAAAGCAGUGCCAAAAGUUGUAUUCCAUCCGUGUUCAUGUUGGUUCUUGCAUUUUUAGUUAUGCAUUAAGAAAAGUAGCUUAGUUUUUUUUAUAUAUAGAGAUAUAU